UCGUAGCUGUAAAGCUACAGGAUUGGCUGCAGUGGCGGACGCGGGCAGGCAGGCGGCGGCUACGGCAAUGGGUCAAGAAGCUGGCAAACUGGCCUGGCCCAGACCAGCAGGAGGAUAUCGGACCAUUACGCGUAGAAGAUACAGAAGACGACACGCCUAUGUCAGUUUUAGACCAUCUUUGAAUAGCCAAGACAGAGAUGAACGUCAACACUAUGAAGACCGCGAAGGAUCAAAUUUGGAGAAUGUUCAGACAGGGAGUUCUUUAUCUUUCUCUGAAGAUUCCAACCCAUCGGCUGAAGUUUCUUCUGGUUUAUUAGAUGAGCCUGUGUUAGAAAAUACUGGAGCUGGAGAACCUGUUUGCCAAAGUGUACUAAGCCAAACUUCUGAAGCAGACACAUCACCGUUUUCUCUGUUCUCUUACGGUCUGGAAGACAACCAAAUCUCAGGAAACCUUAUGAAUACUUAUGAAAAUUCUGAGGCCGUUGCAGGAUAUGCAUCUGGAGGGAGUAAUGAUUUGAAUGGUCAGAAUGGAAUUGCUUUUGUAAACAUUGACUCUUAUGAGCCAGAUAGCAGUGAUGGAGAGGAAAAUGAUGCUCAAGAAACAUUUUCUUUGGCAAGAGAAGUUGGUUUAUUUCAGGAAGCACUAGGUAACUUGCUUUCUGAGUUAGAAGGCGGCAUAGAGUCUUUUACUGAGUUACAGUCCCAAUUGCCCACUCUCAACCACAGUGUUUCUAGAGAAUGUUGCGAAGAAGCAGGACCAAUGCCUUUAACAAGAUAUUUUAGCAUAGAUUCAGACUUGGCAUGUCCAAACAACAUGACAAUUAAACCUUCUGCUGAAGAUCAAGCUAUACCAAAAAGUAGCCUGAGUGGUGCCAGUUAUGAAACACAGCAGAUAAAAACAGUGGAUGUUGCAAUCGGAACCCCUACAGAAAUUGCUAAUGAAUUAAAUGUCAGUGAUGGAAACACUGCCCAAGGAAAUUCACCUGAGCUAGUAGUGAGACCUAAAAUAAGAAAACAAAAUACUGCAAACAAGUCGGAGAGAGAGAAGCUUCUCGCUAAUGAUGAUGAAGAGGAAGGUGGUUCCUGGAGGAAAACUGGAAUCACUGAAGUCCAGCAAGGCCGUGCCGAGUAUGCCUUGAGAAACAGCAAAGAGAGGAGAUCUAUGUUCUUUGACUCAAGAGACUAUGAAGGUGAUCGAAAGAACACAAAAAUAGACCAAAGGAAAAAUGCAGCAGCUCAAGAACAAAAAAAUAGUUCUUUCUGGGAUGAGUUUGAAGACUGCAGCAGAUACUUCUCAAUGACCCUCAGAGAUGAAGACAGCUCAGAUUGCAGUGAUGGAGAAUGGUCUCCAGUUGUGCCUACCUAUUUGACUGCUACAGAAAAAGAGGAGUCCUCAAGUGAUGAGAGCUGGGAGUCUGCCCCAGGCAAGGAGGAACAUGGACCUGAAGUGCAGAGCAACAGCAGUGGUGUAGAAGAGAAGACAGACUUCUGUUUCCAAGGAGGGGAACAGAUAUUAUUGGAGGAAGAAGAGAUUCCUUGGUUACAGUACCGGGAAGAAGUAGAAAGUAGCAGUGAUGAGGAAAAUUAUCCAUUUAGUGAUUUUUUGCAUCCUGUAUUCUUCCUGUUGGAUGGAAAUAACAACUUUGAGGAUGACUCCAGUGUGAGUGAAGACUUGGAUGUGGAGUGGAGACUACUUGAUGAGUUUGGUGAUGGCCUAGGACUUGCUCAAGCCAUUCCUUACAUGAAUCCUCAGUUUCUCACAAUUAUGGCGCUAGAGGGACGCUUACAACAAGCUAUGGAGAUUGUUCUGACUUACUUGGAGACUCUUGGAUUUGAUGUUGAACAGGCUCAUCCACCAGCUACUAAAGAAACCAUAGAUUGUCUGCCACAGAUUACUGUCACAGAUGACCAAGAUGGUCAAGAGCAGCGUUGUACUAUCUGUUGCAGUGAAUAUGUGAAAGAUGAAAUCAUAACAGAGCUGCCCUGUCAUCAUUUGUUUCACAAAACUUGUAUAACUCUUUGGUUACAGAAAUCGGGAACAUGCCCAAUUUGUCGUCAUGUGCUUGCACCCGUGCAUACUUAAGCAGCUGCUGCCACUGUUUCCUUUCUUGAUCAUGAUUGAGCAUCUUCUGUUCACGGUGCUGCUGGAGCUUUA